AUGAACAGCGCAAAAGCCAGGGUACCCAAAUGUGCAAGGUGCCGCAACCACGGCUUGAUCUCCAGUUUGCGAGGACACAAGAAAGCAUGUGCUUAUCGGAAUUGCCAAUGCCCAAAGUGUGGGCUCAUCAAGGAACGUCAAAGGAUUAUGGCAGCUCAGGUAGCAUUGAAGAGACAACAGGCCGCGGAAGAUAAAAUAGCCCUACACUUAGCGUCAGUUGAAAGUGGAACAUCUUUAGAGGCUUUGCCCCCGGGGAGGAUUUACGGCAUGAGAGUCACGGGACCGUGCCAGAGCCCUGGUCCAGAACCUGACUCCGCGGCUGAUGAUCACACGCCGAUUCACAUUGACAGCGAAACAAGCGAUUCUCAGCCGGAUUGUUGUACUUCACCAGAUUCUUCGGCGCAUACGUCUUUGGGGAAUCGACAGUGCGGUACAUCAAAUGAUGCGUGUACCGAUAGCGACAACCCUGUAAGCACUGCGGGGUUAGAAAUGCUGAAAAAAACUAUUUCCUGGCAAGAAAAGGUCGGUUUUGGAGGUCCAAAAGACAAACUACCAAUCAGUGUACCGAGUUCAUUGAACUAUGAUCUGUCACUACCGAACCCUGAUGAAUCCAGGUGGUCGGCAUUUAGACCGGUGGGCCCACGAGCUCCUUCUCUGAUGUCAGCGCUUGUAAUGGGCCGCGUUUGUGGUUCAGAUUGGCUCGUCCCACUACCAGCUUUACCAGCUCUCUCUGCUCCAUUGUUACUACCCCUGCAGCAUCCGCACGGCCCACCGCCUCCCUGACUCUGCACCUUCCAGGAUUGUGACAUUUUCUUCAGAAGCAUCCGGAUAGCGAGAUUAAUUCGGGAAAUCGACUUCGCUAGAUAUCACUUCUACGACCGAGCUCGUAUUUAUGAACGGAGUAAAGAAGUUGGUAUCAAGUCCCUCCAGGGAUCUACGAUGACCGUGACCUAUGAGCCCAUACCACUUUUCGCACCGUACAAGAUAGACACUAAGCUAAUUUACUGGGACGAUAGAUCACUAUUCUUUGAACAUGAGGUAGUGACAUUAAUGGAUGGAAGAAGAAGAUGUCUUUUAAUCUCCCGGCAAUAUGCCAUUGGGUCAACUAAAGAGACCACCAAGAUUCUACUCAACGGACUUCCUGGAUCAGAAACUGUACCAAAAUGUCCACCACAUAUUGAAUCUUGUAUAAUUGCAUUAGCGUAUAUGUUUUGGGAUGUUAACUACUUCAUACGGGUCGCUUUCACUAUCGCAGUUGGAAGACUGUUCAAGAAGAAGAGCAGCAUAAAGGACUGUACAACUAUUUAUGGCUUCUGCACAACACAAGACGUGGACAUCUUCCUACGACACAUGAACAACGCCCGUUAUGUACGGGAGUUGGAUUUCGCAAGAUUCCACUUCUAUGAUGCUACCGGAAUCUAUACAAACAUAAAGGCGGUUGACGGUCACGUACUGCAAGGAGCGUCUUCGAUAAGAUACCGAAGGACUAUACCUAUAUUUACUCCAUACAAAGUUGAGACAAAGUUAGUUUAUUGGGAGGACAAAACACUGUACAUAGAACAAAAGUUUAUCACAUUUGACGGCUUCGUUCGCGCUGUCGUGUUGUCCCGUCAAAAUCUCAUCAAUGUUGAUGCCAACACGCUGCUGAAAAACGUCCCAGGCGCGGAAAGCAAACCCGAAUGUCCAGAAGAAAUUAAACAUUGGUUAAAUGCUAUUGAAAUUUCAAGCGCAAGAUUAAGGAAAAAGGAUUAA